AUGCCCGACCGCCCCCAGCAUGCCCGGACCCAGUCCCAGGGCCGCAAACUGCUGCCGCCGCAUGCCAGGCCGUCCAAGGCUCCCCCAUUGAGAAGAGGCACGAGUUAUAAUCACGCACACCCCCAAUCCCAUGGCCAACACCACCACUCGCACUCCAAGUCCGGGUCGGGCUGGAGCAAGAAGGUCGGUGGUGCCGCUGAGGAGGACGCACAGCAUAUCGAGGAGGAGGAGAGCGGCAUGGCGAGCUUCUUGCAGUUCUGUGCUACCUGCGAGAAGCAGAUCUUCACGCCUGGUGCGAGUAUCUUGUACUGCUCGGAAGCCUGCCGUCGGAAAGAUGUCUCUAGGCCACCCUCAAUCCAGUCGAUAGAGGCUGUGAGGUCACCUUCGAUCGUGUCACAGUCCACCUCCUACUUCGACCACCACGACAUCCUUCCACAAAGGUCACCAACAGUACUUCGACCCGUGUCUCUUGCCAUGUCAGACCUUUCGCUGUCAGACUCGAACUCAUUGGCCGAAGAAACCAUCGACACAACAGAGCCGGGCCACAACGACUCCUCUCGUUACCUCGAACAGUUCUACGCCGACUUCUCUUCCGCAAACUACGCCAGCGGUACCCGUCGACCACGUACCACCCGCGCCUCGACGGCCACAGACAGCAGCAACAUACCCUCGCUAGUACACUCACCAAGCUCCUCGUACGGCACUGUCGCUUCCAAUGCCUCAUACCGACCCCUCCCACCUCGACACAACCCCUUCAGUGCCACAAACUGCAGUACGAAAUCGAUCGAUCUCGUCCUACCUUACGACACCACCACCAACCACCAAAGCCCUUCGAUCAGCCCCACGACCCAACUCCUCAAGGACUCGAGCCUCAAGAGCAGUGCAAGCACCCUCACCUCCUUUCGAGUCGCGGAAGGCAACGACAUCACAUACGACAAACGCACCCCUCAAGCAUCGAGGCGAGGGUCUGCGAAGAGCGAAAAGAAAGCCGAUCACUCGCUGAAGCAACUCUUCAGCCAUGAAGCCAUGAAGGCACCGCCGAGGCAGUGA